AUGACGCAGCGAUCUGGUGCAAAUGGCUCACACCCGUCCGCCGCCGCCGCAACCACCAACGGCACCGGCGGUGAGACGUCGAGGUUCAAGGUCCAGUCCGCCGCCAGCUCCGACCGCGACUCCCAGUCCAACGAGCCCGUCGACAAGCGGCCCUCGAGCGCGCCCGGCCGCAAGAAUGGCGAUGCCAAGGACGACCACAGCAUCGAGCCCGAGCGACCGGCCCGGCCAGUGAAGCCGGUGCUCCAGCGCUCCAAGAGCGAGUACGCACCGCGGCAGGUCGAGGAGUCGGACCACGAAGAGGACGAGAUCCGCGAAUGGGGCGCCAGGCAUGGCUUUGAAGAUCAUUAUCAGUCGGAGCAUAUCAUUUCUCAGCUUGCGAAUAAUUGGUACAUGUAUUUCACAGACAAGCGGCACGAAACAACGGCCAAGCCCAAGGCGGUGCAGUACGAGCUUCAGGAUUGGCGUCAGAGAGACAGGUUGAAGACGGUUUCGGCGGCUCUCGCAGUGUGUUUAAAUAUAGGAGUCGAGCCCCCCGACCAGCUCAAGACCAACCCGGGCGCGAAGCUAGAGGCAUGGACCGACCCGACCAUCCCUCCGAUCCAAAAGGCUCUCGAGAACAUCGGAAAGUCCCUCCAGGCCCAGUACGAGACUCUUGCGAUUCGAGCGCGUUACAAGCAAUACUUGGAUCCAUCGGUCGAAGAGACGAAAAAGUUUUGCAUUUCCCUGCGACGCAACGCCAAGGAUGAGCGUGUGUUGCUGCAUUACAAUGGCCACGGUGUGCCGAAACCGACGGCGUCGGGGGAGAUUUGGGUAUUUAACAAGACCUACACUCAGUAUAUCCCAGUAUCGUUGUACGAUCUGCAGCAGUGGCUGCAGGCGCCCACCAUCUUCGUCUGGGACUGUUCAGAAGCCGGCAACAUCCUCAACAACUACCAUCGGUUCGUUGACAAGCACGAGGAGGAGGAAGAGGAAGCCGCUUUGCGCGACCCCCAUUAUGUCAAAACCAACUACAGACCAUACAUCCAUCUGGCUGCGUGUGCAGUCAAGGAGAAUCUCCCCACCAACCCCCUGCUGCCCGCCGAUCUUUUCACGUCGUGCCUCACGACCCCGAUCGAAAUGGCCCUCUGGUUCUUCGUUUUGCAGAAUCCUCUCAAGACGAACAUCACGCCUGAGCGAGCCAAGAAGCUCCCUGGACGUCUGCAGGAAAGGCGGACGCCUCUCGGCGAGCUGAACUGGAUCUUCACGGCCAUCACCGACAGCAUUGCGUGGACCACACUGCCUCGAGACCUGUUCCGGAAGUUCUUUCGCCAGGACCUCAUGGUGGCGGCCUUGUUCCGGAACUUUCUCCUGGCGCAGAGGAUCAUGAUGGUGUACGGGUGUCAUCCUCAGUCAUACCCUGCCCUGCCGGAUACCCACCAGCACCCGUUGUGGGCAACGUGGGACUUGGCCGUCGACAUGGCUCUGGCACAGCUGCCCAUGCUGGAGCGAAAAGAGAACGAGGGUAUCGACUACGAAUACCAGAACUCAUCCUUCUUCACCGAGCAGCUGACUGCUUUUGACGUCUAUCUCACUAGAGGCGAUGCCAUGGCCCAGAAGCCGCCUGAUCAACUGCCGGUCGUCCUUCAGGUUCUGUUGAGCCAGCAGCAUAGGGUACGGGCCUUGAUAUUGUUGGGUAGGUUCCUCGACUUGGGUCCAUGGUCGGUGCAGCUGGCUCUCAGCAUUGGCAUCUUCCCGUACGUCCUCAAGCUGCUGCAGUCCGCGGCCACCGAACUCAAGCCCGUCAUGGUCUUCAUCUGGGCGAGGCUCAUCGCCGUAGAUAUCUCAUGCCAGCAAGACCUGAUCAAGGACAGUGGGUACAGCUAUUUCGCGCAGAUCUUGAAGCCAUCCGAGGCGCUGCCCGUCGUCAACGGCGAUGAGCACAAGGCCAUGUGCGCCUUCAUCCUCGCCAUGCUGUGCAAGGGCUACCGAAACGGCCAGAUGGUCUGCAACCAGACGGAGAUCAUGAGCUACUGCCUGACUCACCUGCAGAACGAGAACAACCCCCUCCUGCGCCAGUGGGCUUGUCUCUGCAUCAGCCAGCUGUGGCAAGAUUUGCCCGAGGCCAAGUGGCGUGGCAUCCGAGAGAACGCAUAUGCCAAGCUGGCGUUCCUCACCAAGGAUCCGUGCUGCGAGGUACGAGCAGCCAUGAUCCACGCGCUCACCACUUUCCUCGGGAUCCCCGACCUGACGGAGGAGGUUGCGCGGAUUGAGGAGUCCAUCGCCUGGACGAUCCUCGACAUGGGCAACGAUGGCAGCCCCAUUGUGCGCAAGGAGUUUCUGGUUUUCUUGUCCCAUUUCAUCGUUCGCUUCGAGAGCAAGUUCCUCGUCGCAGCUUACGAGCAGCUUCUCGAGGAGAAGGAGUACCUGGUGUUCCCUCCUCCGGAUGACGGACAAGACCACAAGAUGGGCCUGCACUACGCCAGGCCGGACAACCGGCAGCGGGACGGAACCAUCAAGCCGACCGCCCACGGGCUUUCCCACAACACCGUUUACAUGGCGUUUUGGAAGCACGCCUUGAUUCUGAGCGUCGACCCUCAUCCAGAGGUGCAGAGAGAAGCUACCAUUGUCAUUGAUUACGUCCACAACGCUUUGAUCAACUCGACACUCGGCGAGGCGGCCCACGCCGUGAUGGCAGAGGUCCAGAGAAGGGCGAACAGAGCGACGCGCAGCAGGAGUACUGCCAGCUUGGGACAGAGGACCAACGGCACCCUCAGCCCCCAGCCAUUGCAGUCUCCCGGCCUGCUUCGACGAACGGCCAGCCUCCUCUUCCAGUCCUUCAUCACCACUGAAGAUAAAUCGAGGCCUACCACUCCCAACGGCCAAGCCCCACCAAAGUCACCCUCGGCCAAAGUGUCGCCCGAUCGAAUGGCUGCCCCCCCUGAACAGAACGACUACUCCGGCCCUUCAGCGACGUACCACACUGCGCGAGAGCCGGUCUCUGGCACGUUUGAAGAGCGCGACCUGACCAAGGAGCCGACCCUACCGCUCACGAGCAAGUUCCUCGAGUGGUCGAUUGAGUACUUCCGUGAACCUCAAAUGAAGAAUACGGAGGCGGAUGAGCCCGGCAGCACCGACUACAAUGAGAGGCUGUGGCGCAGGGCCAGGAACGAAAACAUCAUGAGGGAAACGCAGCCGCUCAAGCAUAUUGCGGGCACCCACAGAUGGAACAACCAGCUGGGCAUUAUCAACAACGGCGCGCAGCCUGCCAAGCUGACAUUCCACCAGUUUGAGGACCACUUGGCGGUGGCAGACGAUGCCAACACGGUCUACGUCUGGGACUGGAAGAAGCAGGGACGCCUCAACAGGUUCUCCAACGGCAACCCAGAGGGCUCCAAGAUCAGCGACAUGAAGUUCAUCAACGAGGACGACCAGGCCAUUCUGAUGACUGGGUCAUCCGACGGCGUAAUCCGCGUGUAUCGCAACUACGACUCGGAGGAAAAGAUUGAGCUGGCAACGUCCUGGCGGGCUCUCACGCACAUGGUUCCCAGCAACGUCAACUCGGGAAUGGUGUUUGACUGGCAGCAGGCGACGGGGCGCGUCCUCGUCGCCGGCGAUGUGCGGGUCAUCCGGGUGUGGUUUGCCGGGCACGAGACUUGCAUCAUGGACAUUCCAGCCCGAUCUGGCUCGUGUGUCACGUCUCUCACCUCGGACCAGAUGACGGGCAACAUCUUUGUGGCUGGAUUUGGAGACGGCGCCGUCCGCGUCUUUGAUACGAGGCUGAAGCCGCAGGAGUCCAUGGUGCGCAAGUGGAAGGAUGAGACGGACCGCCAAUGGAUCAAGACGGUGCACAUGCAGCGCGGAGGAAAGCGGGAGCUGGUCAGCGCCAGCCGCAAUGGCAAGAUUAAGGUGUGGGACAUUCGCAUGGACAAGGCAUUGCACUCUUUCCAGACGACGCGGGACACUCUCCGGACGGCAAGCGUGCACGAGCAUCUGCCGGUAUUCUCAGUGGGAACUUCUGCGCAUACCGUCAAAGUGUUCAACCUGAGCCAUGGCACCGAGCUUUCUCGACUCGAGCCCUACUCCAGCUUCCUGCAGCAGACCCGAGGGACUCCCAUCUCAGCGACGGCAUUCCACCCGCACCGCCCCAUCCUCGGAUGCGCAGCACGAGGCGACCACCACAUCAACCUGUUUACGUGCGAGAAGACUGAGCCGGUGCAGCUUGGUUAG